UCCACUGAUGUUCUGCUAGACGAUUUCUUGAAAGCCACAAUCUCACACUUGGAGGUGUUCAGUUUCAGGAAGCUGUCUUCGGUGAACUUUUUCAUGGUAGAGAUCUGUGCUUCAAGUGUUGUUGUAGAAGAGGCUAACGUGCAAAUGUCAUCUGCGUGCAGAAAGCCACCCAUAUACAUGUUGUUUACUGAUGCACCAAUGGAGAGUGACUGCAGUUGUCUUAACAUAACAAAGCAAAGGGAGAGGAUACAUGCA